GGCGGAGGAGCUGCUCCCAGUGGAAGUAUUACGUCUCGAUGUGUCACAGGGAGUCAGGGCGAGUCUUGACUGCAGACAUCGUCGAGUAUCCAACUAGGAUCGAUGCGCAUCAAUAUGAACGGAACCCAUCGCUUUUCUCUUAAAGGUUUAUCACUGACAAGCGUGUGACUGCUCAGAUUAACACACAAGGAAAAUCAUCGUGACGUAACGUGACCGACAACUUCUUAUUGCAUUCCUGGUUGACAUUGUCAUUUAUUUUAAAAUCUGUCCUCAUCCCUGACGUGAACCAACCAUGUCUGGGAAGGAGCGCAGCCCCCGCCACCGGCCGUGGUCAGUCUACCGGGCCAACACUUUUGAUCUCUCAGCUGAGAUGAUGGGGCUGGCUCUCUCAGGCAACAGUCAGGAUCCGGACGAGCCUGUGCUGGAGUUUAGUGUGGCCUGCAGUGAACUGCUUACGCCAUCUCUGGAUCGCAAGCCAACCACCUUCGUCGCCAUCAGUUGCACCACCCCGCCCCAGGCCUUCUGGACCAAGCAUGCUCAAACAGAAAUCAUUGAGGGGACCAAUAAUCCCAUCUUCCUGAGCAGUAUAGCAUUCUUCCAGGACUCUCUGAUCACUCAGCAAACUCAGGUCAAGCUUUCUGUCUAUGAUGUAAAGGACCGCUCCCAGGGCACGAUGUACAUGCUUGGCUCGUCCAUGUUUUCUGUGAAGGAGCUGCUACAGGACAAACACCACAGACUGCACCUGACUCUCAGGUCAACAGAGAAUGAGCGUGUGGGCAACAUCACUAUCAUCGCCUGGCAGAUAGAGGAGAAGCGCGAGCAGAGAGCUCCUGUUGCAAGGUUACAAAGAGGAGACACUGUUAAUGGAAGGAUGGUUCUCCCUGUUGAUGAAAGCCUGACUGAAUCCAUGGGCAUUAAAUCCAAGUCGUCAUCUCUGUGUAAGGAUCCACUGCUGAAGGCUGUCUUUGGAGGCGUCAUGUCGCGGAUGUACCGUUUCCCCACCACGGAUGGCAACCACCUGCGGAUCCUGGAGCAGAUGGCAGAGAGUGUGCUCUCCCUGCACAUCCCUCGACAGUUUGUCAAACUGCUCCUGGAGGAAGAUGCCGUCAGAGUGUGUGAGCUGGAAGAACUUGGUGAGCUGUCUCCAUGUUGGGAAAACCUCAGGAGGCAGAUCAUCACUCAGUACCAGACCAUCAUCCUCACCUAUCAGGAGACCAUAAGUGACCUGCACGAGUAUAAAGGUCCUUCAUUCAAGUCUAGCACCUUGAAAGCUGAGAGGAAGCUGGAGUUCAUUCCCACUAACCUGCACAUCCAGAGGAUGAGAGUACAGGGAGAGUCUGGUUAUGACCGGACUUAUGACGUUGUGACUAUGGGUGCUCCUGCAGCACAUCAUCAAGGCUUUAAAGGCUGUGGUCUCCGAAAAUUGCUGCACCAGCUUGAGGAAGCCAGGAAACACACUUAUGAGGAGGAGAGCUCUGCUGGCUCUGGCUCUAAAGGAAUGGCUUACCAGCCUCAGGAUGUCAUGAAAGCAAAGGAGCUGAUUGGUCAAAUUAACACCCUGAAGACACAAGUGUGUUACUACACUGAACGUCUGUCACGGGCUGCCAAGGAACGCUCCGCCAACGCUCUGGAGAGAACCCUGGCCAUCCUAACAGAGAAGACUCGUCAGCUGGUGACCGCGUGUGACUCAAAGCUGCUUUCUUCAGCCAUCCUCGCCUUGGCUGCUGCCAGCCCAGAGUUCACUCGGCGAGACACCCCAUCCCCAUCCUCCUCUUCCCUCUCACCCUCCUCUCGCUCCCCAUCACGCUCCCCUUCUCGGCACCCUACUUCUCCGUCUCGUGCCGCCACCUCGCCCUCUCGCCAUGCAGCUCCUCCAGAUGGCAGUGAAGGGAGUAAAAACAAGCGGUCUUCCUUGCAGGCAGAUUUACACGAAGUGGAGUGGGAGAAGGUAUGGCUAAAUGUUGAGAAGAGCCUGGAGUGUGUGAUCCAGAAGGUGGACAGGCUGCUGCAGCGUGACAAACUCCAGAGCGACAGUAGCUCUGAAGAUGUCUUUCUGCUCACCAACGAGGACGCAAGUAACCCUAAGAAAGAUAACAGCCCAGGAGUAGAAAAGACAUCCCCAGGUGAGUGGAGCGACGCCCUGUAUCCUCUCCUCACCACACUGACAGACUGCGUGUCUCUGAUGAGCGACAAAGCCAAGAAGGCCAUGGUUUUUCUGCUGAUGCAGGACAGUGCCCCUACCAUCGCCAUGAGCCUCACACUGCAGUACCGUCGUGACGUUGUCUUCUGCCAGACGCUGACGGCUCUGAUCUGCGGCUUCAUUCUCAAACUGAGGAACUGUAUCUGUGACUCAGGCUUCCUCAGGCAGCUACACACCAUUGGCUUACUGGUGCAGUAUGAGGGCCUGCUCAGCACCUAUGGGGAGGAGCUGGCCAUGUUGGAGGAUAUGAGUGUUGGAGUGAUGGACCUGAGAAAUGUCACCUUUAAAGUUACUCAAGCAACCUCAGGUUUCGCCCCGGACAUGCUGCCAGUGAUCACAGGAAACAGGAAUGGCUUUAACGUCAGGAUCCCGCUGCCCAGGGCGAUGUUUGACACGCUGCCACGAGAGAUCCAGAACGGGAUGCUGCUGCGUGUGCAGCCCGUCCUGUUCAACGUGGGCAUCAACGAACAGCAGACGCUGGCUGAGAAGUUUGGAGACACGUCACUGCAAGAAGAAAUCAACAUGGAGAAUAUGACUCGCCUCAGCUCAUACUACAACCAGUAUAAAGAAGUCUUGCCAGAAGACUGCCUCCCUCGCUCCUGCAGCACCACCGGUCUGCCUGAGCUGUUCAAACUGCUAAGCCAGAAUGUGAACUCCAAGAAAAGCAAGAAUGUGGAGAUUCUGUGGCAGGCGGCCGAGGCCUGUCGCCGCCUGAACGGAGUACGUUUCACCUGCUGUAAAAGUGCCAAGGACCGCACAGCCAUGUCUCUGACCUUGGAGCAAUGUCAGAUCCUGCAGCAGGAGCAUGCCCUGGCCCCACAAGUCUUUUACCAGGCUUUGGACUGUAUGCGCAGUGAGGGCUGCAGGAGAGAGAACACCAUGAAGAAUGUGGGAUGUCGUAAAUACGCCUUUAACUCUCUCCAGCUUAAAGCCUUCCCCAAACAAUAUCGCCCUCCAGAGGGGACAUAUGGAAAAGUUGAGACCUAGGUGGACUUCUCCAUGUGAAAGAAACCAAGACUGAAGGGGAUAAUAAUACACACACACACACACA